CGGCGCUGGCGGGCGGGGCAGGCGCGCGCCGCGGUCGGAAAGGGAGGGGAGGGAGAAAGGGGGGGGGCGGCCGCGCCGGGCACAGCAUGGCUGCCAAGGUGGCUCUAACCAAGAGAGCUGAUCCAGCUGAGUUGAAAACAAUAUUUUUGAAGUAUGCAAGUGUGGAGAAGAAUGGCGAAUUCUUCAUGUCUCCUAAUGACUUUGUCACACGGUACCUAAAGAUAACUGGAGAUGGUCUGCCUAAUGCAAGCACUGUACAGCUCCUUGCAGGUGUGGUGGAUCAGACAAAGGAUGGGUUGAUAUCCUUUCAAGAGUUUGUGGCAUUUGAAUCAGUCCUGUGUGCUCCAGAUGCAUUGUUCAUAGUAGCCUUUCAGCUGUUUGACAAGACUGGGAAAGGAGAAGUUACUUUUGAGGACGCUAAGCAAGUUUUUGGCCAGACCACGAUUCAUCAGCACAUUCCGUUUAACUGGAAUUCAGAGUUCGUACAGCUGCAUUUUGGAAAAGAUAGAAAAAGACACCUAACAUAUGCGGAAUUCACCCAGUUUUUACUGGAGAUACAGUUAGAACAUGCAAAACAAGCUUUUGUGCAGCGUGACAAUGCUCAGUCUGGAAGAGUCACAGCUAUGGAUUUCAGGGACAUUAUGGUCACUAUCCGGCCACACAUGCUGACACCAUUUGUAGAAGAAUGUCUAGUAGCUGCUGCUGGAGGUACCACUUCCCAUCAGGUCAGCUUUUCCUAUUUUAAUGGAUUUAAUUCUCUCCUUAACAACAUGGAGCUCAUUAGAAAGAUCUACAGCACUCUGGCUGGAAAUAGAAAAGAUGUGGAAGUCACUAAGGAGGAGUUUGUUCUGGCAGCUCAGAAAUUCGGUCAGGUUACACCCAUGGAAGUUGACAUCUUGUUUCAGUUAGCAGAUCUGUAUGAGCCACGGGGGCGCAUGACAUUAGCUGAUAUUGAAAGAAUUGCACCUCUGGAGGAGGGGACAUUGCCCUACAACCUGGCUGAGGCUCAGAGGCAGAAAGCUCCAGGCGAUGUGUCUCGACCUGUUCUCAUCCAGAUUGCAGAAUCAGCGUACAGGUUUGCCCUUGGUUCAGUUGCUGGAGCUGUUGGAGCCACUGCAGUCUACCCAAUUGAUUUGGUAAAAACUCGAAUGCAAAACCAGCGCUCUACAGGCUCUUUUGUGGGAGAACUUAUGUAUAAAAACAGCUUUGAUUGCUUCAAAAAAGUGCUACGUUAUGAAGGUUUCUUUGGGCUUUACAGAGGUCUGUUACCGCAGCUUUUAGGUGUAGCACCGGAGAAGGCCAUAAAACUUACUGUUAAUGAUUUUGUGAGAGAUAAAUUUAUGGCAAAAGACGGCUCCGUCCCACUGGCUGCAGAAAUUCUUGCUGGUGGCUGUGCUGGAGGUUCUCAAGUGAUCUUUACCAAUCCACUGGAAAUUGUGAAGAUUCGAUUACAGGUGGCUGGAGAAAUUACUACUGGUCCACGAGUUAGUGCCCUCACUGUAUUACGGGACUUAGGCUUCUUUGGGCUCUACAAGGGUGCUAAGGCAUGUUUUCUGCGUGACAUCCCUUUCUCUGCCAUUUACUUCCCUUGUUACGCUCAUUUGAAAGCUUCAUUGGCAAAUGAAGAUGGGAGGGUUAGUCCUGGAAAUCUGCUCUUGGCUGGAUCAAUAGCUGGUAUGCCUGCAGCCUCUCUGGUGACCCCUGCGGAUGUGAUUAAAACAAGGCUACAGGUCGCAGCCCGGGCAGGACAGACCACCUACAGUGGUGUUGUAGACUGCUUUGUGAAGAUCCUUCGAGAGGAAGGUCCAAAGGCUCUGUGGAAAGGAGCAGGAGCUCGUGUAUUUCGAUCUUCUCCUCAGUUUGGUGUAACUCUGGUGACUUAUGAGCUGCUGCAGAGAUGGUUUUACAUAGACUUUGGAGGAGUAAAACCAGCUGGAUCAGAGCCAGUUCCUAAAUCUAGGAUCACGCUCCCUGCUCCUAACCCUGACCAUGUUGGUGGUUACAAAUUGGCAGUUGCCACUUUUGCAGGGAUUGAGAACAAGUUUGGACUUUACCUACCUCGGUUUAAGCCAUCGCCACCUACCUCAAAGGCUGCUGCAGCAGUAGGACCCUAAGUUUAUUGCCGUAGGUUUUUUGUUAGUUGGGAAAGAGCCACUUUUCUAAUUGGUUAAUACUUGGUUUCUUUAGCUUCUCAUCAUGUAACAGUUUAGCUUCAUUUGAGUUUUAAGGCAGUUUUCAUCUUAAGUGUAAUCAUUUGUCUUUGUGCUUCCUUAACCAGAUCACUGUGAAAUUCUUACCAGUUGUUUUAAGUUUGGGACCAUGAAUGUAUUUGUCCACAUCUGACAUGUGCUUAUGUUGGGAAGACACUAAUUUUAGGUUCCAUUUAUUGGGGAGGGCUGGGUGAGAGCUGUGAACCAGAUCAUCUUACAGGCAAUGCUCAGUUGCAGAUUACCAGGGCGGAUGUCGCACAUCGUCACUCAAAUGGAAAAACUCAGUGGAUAUCACGGUGCUCAAAAGCGGAAUGAUUUUGACUGUAUAUGUAAAUUGGUUAUAAACUUAGUGCACGUGUGUAGAGGUCAGCAAAUAUAUACCCGGUACCUAAAUAUGCCAGUACUGCUUCAACUUUCUAAAUAUGUACACGCACAAGUUCUGUUUCUGGAUUGUAUUAUGAAGCUUUUAUGUGGAACAUGGUUUUGUAAUGAAAGCCACAUUUAUAAAUGUUUAGCAAUUGUAUCAUGUUACUGGUAUCAAAAUGCUCAAAAGAAAGUGUUAUUGUCCGUAGUCUUUGCACUUUAUGGCAGAACUUUUGGCAUUCUACUACACAUACAAGGAAAUUUCAUAACUGGGUGCCUGUCUUGGGUUGCUGGUGUUUGGAAUUCAGUUUGUACAUGCACUUCUAUAGUAAAACGCUGCUUGUCUAAAUAACUGCAAUAGAAAAUUCAUGCACUGUAUCAAUGGUACCUGCCUUAACUGCUGGCUUGUAAUUGGCAAAUAGGUGGUUUCAGAUUCUUAUUUACUACAUUAAGUCAAAGGAGAUUAAAAUACUCUAAAAGAAAAGAUUUUACUUAAUUUUUUGGUGCCUUGCACAGUGUUCAGAAAAUUAUGUAUUUAUGAAGAUAGAAAUAAAUCUUUCAAACAGAUGCACACAUGUUAUUCUGUUAUGGAAAUAGCAUAGUACAUCAAAUGUCUUGUUCAACUUCAGUUGCGAAGUUAGGUUAAGAUAAAGUUAAUAUUUGGGCAUGUAGAUAAUAAAGACACCUACAGAUUGAGAACAAAUUACCUGAAUUCCCCUGUCUAAAAAAGACAUCUGUUGGUGUAGGUGUCAUUGAAAAAAAGUAUUUUUACCUCAGUCAAAACCCAGAAUUGGAGUAAACAUUGAUGUUUGCACCUUUACUUUUUUGGAGGAGGUUAAUGUGUUACUAACAGUGUGACUACCUAGUCAGCUGAAGGUACUUUUGAGUGUCUUCCGUGACCAGGAUGAAUUUGGUCUUGCUUCUCUUCUUUGGGUGGAGGGUGAGUGCCUUCAAUGUGGACUGGAAACUGAGGGCAUGCAUAGAUGCAAUAUCUUUGCAGAAGAAUGAGUUAGGUAUGCAAUACCACAUUGUUGUACUGUAACUCGUCGAAAUACUGAAAUGGAAACCACUCUAUUAUUCUAUUUGUGUUUGGCUCAUCAUGAAAAUUAUUCUCUUGGGCUUAUUUGCAUUUUGAAGCUACCAGUGACAUGGAGUCAUGGCAGAAGUAGCAUCUGCAGGACUCAGGCACGUGAAAGCGAGGGGAGAAGAUGACAUCUGCCUGCAGCUGCAUCUUGGAGUUCAGCUAAACCAGUGUGCAGAGACUCGGUGCUGGGCCCUGACAGACACCGGCUGCUACCUCUCAACCUUAUAUGUCUGAGUGUCCCCAGAUGACAGUUCCUUCGUUUAAGAAGUGGGGGGAAAAAAGCUACCCCUUAUAUUACUCCAAGAUUAACUGUCAGGAUUUUUGGUUAAGGCUUGUUAUAAAAGUCAGACUUUUGCACUGGGAGCUGCCUGUGCCCGACACAAGAUUUUAGGCUAUUUAGGAGCUGGUUUUACACUUCAUCCCCCACUUUUGCCUGAUGGACCUUGUCAAGAGUUUCUGUGGAAAGUGAGCAGCUCAGGAAGAUGUCUGAGUUUUCCCUGGUCCAGGAGAGGAAGCACCUGGCCAUGUGCAUGGUUCAGCCAGCAGCUGCUCCCUCCUGGCACAGCCUGGAGAGGGGGACCCAGGCUCCACCAGCCAGAGCACAUCUGUCUGCUGCCUGAUGCCAAACCCCGACACAGGCAGGGCCUCGACACCAGGAUGGGAAGAGGAAUUAGAACUGUGUUAUCGUAGGACUUGCACAACUUCUUGGCUCCUGUGAUAAAGAUCAUUGCUUGUGUUUUACAAAGCAAAUUCUAACUCAGACCCAUUCCUCUGCCCACUGCUGCCUUCUCUUUCCCAGGCCUGGCAGUAUACUUAAGACUUGCAUUCUAGGGGUGAAGGGAUGAAGCUCCUAGCGCAAAGAUAAAGCUCAGGCACAGCUGUCCUAUGGCAGGUCCAUCUCAGAAAGUCACAGCCUUCAUCUUCUCCGUGGCAGGCAGAUGACCAAGGCUGGACUGACACCCCUCCCACCACCCAUGGUGGCCUUUGCCCAUUCACUGUCUUUUGGGGCAUUAUUCAGCCCUUUUGCCCCUCUUUUCAGGGCCAGCAGAGGAUGGAGGCAGGGGCAGAAGAGUUGAAAGAGCCAGUGACAGCUUCACUAACAUACAAUCCAAUUAAAAAACUUUCAAAGCAUGCUACAGCUCUGCCUUGAGAUCUUGGGGAAGAUCUGUGCCCAGAGUCGACUUCCUCCAGACACAAAAGGAUGGAUGCAUUCCUGCUCUGAAAAGCUUACAGGCCAAGAAAUUGUCAGAUUGCCUUGCAAACAAACAGAAAGCCCUGAGGACAAUGUUUAGAUGUUUGUCCUCUUCUUUGGGUUUCUGGGUGAGUUACACAAAGUGUGGGAGGAACAGAAUAAAAUAUAACUUCACUUGGCAGGAGUUACAGAAAAAAGAAAUGAUCAAAUAUUGGUGAUGUUACCUGUCAGCGUGAGAGUGGGUUGGGGUGUCUGGAGCAGUUAUGCCAUAUUUUGAGUUUCUCAGUCCAGCAGAAGCUGAGGGAUGCUUUUAUGCCUGGUCUCCAGGCAAUGGGUUGGGUUUAAGCUGCUUUAAUAUUGACAGUUUGCAGGUAUGCCUUUGUGAGCAAACACCACAAGCUUCAAAAAUAACCUUGGGCAGGUUUUUCUGAACUUGCUAAAAAUAGGAAACCCGACAAACCACUCUGCAUCUUCCUUAGGAGGGGACAGCUUGCUGGGGAAUGUCCCUGCCAUGCAAUCCAUGACGUACACACAUGCCAUGCUGCUUGCUGCAGAGCUGCUCCACUCUCCAACGCGUGCGUGGCAGAGGGACGGACAAGAACCAUCCAACCUAUUUUUGCCUAAGCUACAAGGCGAUGUGCCCUGACAGUGAUCACUUUUAAGUUAUUUAAUGGUUGAGAAUGUAAAAAUCGCAAGGCAUUUGUAUUUUAAGUGUCUUGAGAAAGCUUCAAACAUAGCAAAUAACACAGAUGCAGCCUGGGAUGAAGUGGUUGCUUUAAUGCUGCGUGCCCUCAGGCAGUUCUGUUUCUGUGUAGUGGGCAGGGAAGAGCUCAGGCUAUGAGCACAAACAGCCUUUCCCGGUGCCGAACACCAGGAUGUCAUCAAGGUAUCUGUUGCCCUUUAGACAGAAAUGACAUUUAAGGUGUAUAUUCAUCAUUUCAACUGCUCCUUGUGCUAUUCCUUGUCGCCCUGAGAAGCAGUGCCAUUGCUUGCAAGAUUUGUUCCAGUUGAUCCAGGUGCAUUCCAAAGGGCUGCAUGGCUUCCCUCUGUGCUUGCUCACACCCCAGGCUGUGCAGCCAGUGCGUACCAGGCAUGCCACUACACAAGUAGCACUGCUUAUGACUUUGAAGGAGAACCAGUCCUGUAAGCUUCCUGAGGACAGGCUGGUACUCCUGGAAGAGACAACGAGUCUUUCAUUAAGACUGAUUCUGCCUUGGUGAUAGCAGGCUCCUCUGUCUUGUCACUGGUCAUUGGGGAUUGUCCCCACUCUACAUGGGCUCCGGCUCCAUCUUGCUCUCUGAGGGGCUUCCAGUUUUCUGCAGUGUUUGCUUUGUCUCCAGAGUCGCUACAACUCUUGAGAGCUUUUCCCAUAUGUCUUGUGUGAAGGAACUUGCUCCCAUUUUUUUUUCCAUAGCACUGGAGAUGCAGGCUGUCAUUUGCAGUAAGAGCUCAUGAUGUUCCAGGACAUGGUAGAAGCUCCUAUGUUUUCAGAAGUGGCAAAUGCUUGGGGCAUUGGUUUAGAGACUCAGGAGGAAGUACCUUUCAUCUUGGAAGAUGUAAGGCACUGCUAAGUACCCUGUGGAAAAUGCUGCAGCUCCUGAAUCUUUGGGACCCAGCACCAUAUGUCCUGCAUGUCUUCUCUCUUUGAAGUAACAAGCAACUCUGCUGAGCCUAAUCUCAAGCAGCAAACACUUGCUCUGACUGUCUUUCCAUGGAGAUGUCUGUGGUGCUGUCAGACUUGAGAGGUAGCCCAUUUCAUUUUCACCUUUGAAACAUCGACUUGGUCCAAGUACUGUUAUUUACAUGAUGGGCCUGGCAUUUGAGCCCGACACUUGGGUUUUGUGUGUCCUGGACAGUUUCCAGGUCGGCCAAAAUCCGUGCAUGUUUUCUCAGCAUGCCCUGGCCAUGAUCAUCUUCCUCUGUUACCAUGGGGGUCUCGUGAACAGAGUAUGUAUAACGACAGCGAAGUAACCCUGCUUGCCCUCUUAGCUAAUGCCUUCAGCUCCCACCCCAAGUCCCAUCUGCCAUGCCUCCCCAUGGCAUUUCACAGCUCCUUUAGCACAAAUGCCAAGUCCGUAGGCAUGCUGUUCCUCUGCCUCUCGCUUGUGUUGAUGUGGCUUUGACCUUUGGCAUUGAAAUAAAGGGAAGCUCUGGCUUUCCCUUCACCAAGUAUAGAACAGUUUUCCACAUCCACCUCACAGUCCUUCUCUCCAUCCUAAACUUCAAGCCUUUCCCUUAUAAGCCCACAUUACUCAUGUUCACGUGCCGCUUCCUUGCUUCUCCCUUGGUUGGGGUUGACCUUUCCUACCCUUCUGGUAAUGAUGCACUCUCCAGCUCAGUCUGGGCACGCGCUUUGUGUCCUUCACAGACAGCUCACUUGCAAUAGCCCCAAAGUAGAGCCAGGCUGUUUUCUAACUCACUCCAUGCCCAGAGCAGGCAUGGCAACAUCCUGGCAAUGCUGGAGCAUGGCAUGCACCCCUUAUGCUCUCCCUUCUGUUCUCUGGAUGUUUGUAGGCAAAAGAGCCUGGUGAAUAUGCUUUCUGUUUGCUGAAAAUAAAGGGUAAUUUUGUAUUUCUUUCCCCACCGGGCGGAUUCUGAGGAACAUCUUAGUACACAGGCUCUUUUGGGAAGCCAGUAAGGUGGAGCUGUUGAGUUAGCAGCAGGAAAACUAAUCAAUAAACCAGAAAUGUUGGAGAUUCCUGUAAGGGAAGCAACAAGGCUGGUCAGGAGCUGGUCAGAAGCUCCACUGCACAGCAGUAAUGACCUGCAGAAAGGGAGUAAAUGCCUCUUGUUCUUGUUGGGUGCUCUUUUACCUGCUUCAGCUGCAUGUAAUGGCUCUUUCAUGUUUUCACUCUGUAUAUACAAACCCAGUCAUUUCUGUAGAAAUCUGGAUCUUUUAUGUGUGCUGCGCACCUCAAAAAAUGGAGGAGAGGAAAAUAAAAACCAA